AUGCAGAUCAAAUACUGCAAACGGCCAGGCGCCGCCGCAGUCCACUGCCACUGGCAGACAACUGCGACAGUCGUUAGUACGGGUGCCGCCGUCACGGUGUGGCUGACUGUACGUCCUACUGUUACUCUUAGCGGGUUCACUAGUACACCCUGUCGCAUUUGGUACCAGCAAGCGCAUAUACGUACCUGCUCAGCGUCCGCCGGGCGGCCCCGCCCGAUCGACCACCACCCACCGCGACCACGGCAGUUCGCCCGGCGCGAGAACCACCCGCCGGUGUGGCGCAUCAGAGGGCGUCGGGCAGGAACGUCGCCGGGCCCGGUGCGCGCAGAUGGACAGAUCGUGAUCUGGGUUCCGCGAUCGGUGCGCUGCGAGGAACAUUCGGCGUGGAAGGGGGCGGGUGUUCUAGCGUGCCGAGGGGUGUGGGGUGUGUGGAGCGUGAGGCCGCCGGGUACGUCCGCGCGUGCGCUCACUCGUACUGACGGGACUCUGUGUGGCAGGGACCAGCUCCAGGCGAGGGCCAGCUAUGGCAGUAAUGGCCACUACAAUGCGGCUCAGGUCCGCCCUGGUCGUCCCUCGCUCGACUCGAUCUCGGUCGACACCGCGCGCGCACCCACCGAGUCCUUAUCUCGGGUACCAAGGCGUCAUGAAGUUUGUGGCGUCGAGAAUCCUCUUCCUAUCUCUCGUUCUCCCCAACCAACUCUCCGUCGAGCCGGCUCUGCGUCGGCUCGGGGAUGGUCCUCGUCGGCCCUUGAACUUGAAUCCAUACGCGACAUAUCGGCGUCGUCUGCAACUUGCUGGGAUCGUCCUGACAGAAUGCGCAUCGGCACACUCGCAUUUCGUCGGUGCGGAGCUGCUUCCGUUCGCUGGGCCGGCCCGCGCCGUAUACUAUCUGUGUACAUACCACGUAGGUGA